AUGCCACAAUACCCCACCCACCAUUUCCUCCCAUUUUCUCACUAUUUCUACUUUACCAACUCUUUUUUUCCUCCUUUUUCUUACACAUUCUCCUUUACCCGCUUCUUCCUAACUCUUUCCAUAUUUCUUUCCUUUUCUUCCUUACCCACUCUUUUUUCUUCUUUAUACCAUCAAUUCUUCCUUAACUUUUCUUUCCUUACAUCUUUUUCUUACCUCUUCUCCCUUACCCACUCUAUAUUUACUUCUUACUCCCUCUGUCUUUCCUUCCAUUCCUCAUCUUUCUCUCUUUUCUCUCUAUAUUUUCAUCAUUCUCACUCAUUCUUCCGCUCUCUUUCUUGCGUUCGUUUCUUCGCCCUUUCUUCCUUACUCCUUUUUCUUUUCUUUAUUCGCCCAUUCUUUCUUACCCUCUCUAUAUUUCCUUUUUCUCUCUUUUUCUUCCCUGCAUUCUCUCUCUUUCCCUCCUUUUCCUUAUUGAGUCUUAUCUCUUUCUCUCCUUUUCUCACCUCUUACCCACUCUUUCUUUCUUCAUCACCUCUCUAUAUUUCCAUUUUUUCUCACUCAUUUUCUCGUACGUUCCUUUCCAUACCUUCUCUUUCUUACUUUUUCUUUCUUUCUUUCUUUUUCUUUCUUUCUUUCUUUUCCUCGCUCAUUCAUUUUUAUCAUGUCUAUAUUCCUUCUAUUUAUAUUUACCCACUCUUUCCUUCCUCCUUUUCUUCACCCCUUCUUCCUUCCCUCUCUAUACGUCAAUACUUUUCUCACUCAUUCUCUCGCACUCUUUCUUUUGUUUCUUUCCUCACUACUUCUUCCUUACCCUCUCUUUCUUCCCUUCUUUCUAUUCCUUUCUCACUCAUUCUCCCGUACUCUUUCUUUCGUUCAUUUACUCACCCAUUCUUCUUAACCCACUCUUUCUUUCCACGCCCUUUAUUCCUUAAUCACUCUUUCUUUUCUUUUCUUUUCUUUUCUUUUCUUUCCCCUUUAUUCCGUACCCUCCGUUUCUUUCCUUUCUUCCCCAUUCCCUUAUUUUUUUAUUCCUCUUUCUUUCCUCCUUCUCCUUUCUUACUCUUUCUUUCUGUCCUUUCUUUCCUCUCCCUUUAUUCCUUUCACUCUCUUUUCUUUCUUUCCUCUCCCCUUAUUCCUUACCCCUUUUUCUAG